CCUGGAUCUCUUAACAGUCUUAUACUAUGACCUCACCUGGCUUAUCACUUAGGGGACGAUAACUUUCAUCAGCCAGACACAAAAAGAUCUCUCUGCAAGGAUUAUCUAAAACACUCAUUGAAGCAGAGAACGGUGGUUCAAUGAGAUCUUCUCUGAAACAGCUGACAAGCCCCGUCAUGUCAAAGGAAGGUUUGUGAGAGUGUGCAGGUACACACAGCCUAGCUUCCUGGCAGAGACGGGUGUGCGUGUGUGUGGGAUUGAAUUAUCCUUGAUUUUCCCCAGCAAGACAGAUGGAGUUAUGCUUUUAAUUAUCAAAACUUCCUAACAAAUUGAACAAAGAAGAAAGAGACUACAAAGACUUUUGAGGAUACAUUAAAAAGAAAAAAGAAUAAACUGAAACAUUUAAGCAAAUCUCAACCAGAUCUGCUAGGAUGCCACUCCGAGCAUCGCUGCACAGAAAUCCAGCCUCUGGACGCUGGUCCAGCAGGAAUUCCAAGAGGAAGGAGGUUCUGUCUGUCAACAUGAUCAGCCUACCGCUCGCCGAUUUCCGCCACAUCACUCAUAUUGGAAACAAUGCCGACAGCUUUGGAGAUCUGUCUUUUCUAAAGCUGAGUCACAACCUGCUUUUACAAAGUUCCCGAAGUGAGCAGAACGUCUUUCUGGCCUGCUCACCGCCUCCAAAGCCGCCUCGUCUGAAUCUGGACGAGACUGAGAGCAAAAAGACCCCUGACUUGUCUGUGGACCACCAGCACAAUAACUCCCAGAAAAGGAAGAAAUGCAGUUCUCUGCCCCUGCUGGACAGCGAGACAGGAAAUGUAGAUGCUGAAAAAGAGGAUGGGUACCAAAGAGGGAAUAAUACUUCUUCCAAUCAGACUCAUAGCUCCAGAUGGGGCAGCACAGGUUCAGAUGGGGAUGAAGACUUUAACGAGACCUGUGACAAAACUACGGGACAACAAAAGGAUGAGGACAGUGGCUUUUCAUUCAGCCUCGACCUGGGUCCUUCGAUCCUUGACGAUGUCCUUCAGGUGAUGGAAAAACUGCACAAAUAAACCAGAGAUUAGCCAAAUGUCUCGGAGAGGCUUUACUAAAGGUUUGGAAUAUAGAGAGCAAUAAGGGCCUGAUCUUGUCCAGAAUCUUGAUUGGAGACGAAAUAAUCACAUUUGGAUAUUGUUUUGUUCAUUAUGUUUGGAUAAAUCUAAAGAUAUCUGAUUUUUUGGAAUGCAGAAUCCCAAACAAUGAAUAAUAAACCACAGAUGAACACUGUACACUUUUUUAAAGGCACAGGAUAUGCUCCUAGAGCACUGUGGUCCACAGCGUUUACUAAAACGUAUGCGUGAUUCUGUUUGAAAAGGGGGCACAUAAACAAAGUUAAUGUUCUCCAAGCAAUCACCCUUUGCAGAGGCAGAUCCAGUGUUUAAGUUAAUAAUUAAACUUUGUCUCAUGUUAAACUAAGAGCUUGACAUUUUCAACCUUUUCACAUUUCCCCUUAGCUAUUUUAAUUCUUCAAACCACACAUCACGGCACUGACGACGGCUGUUAAGACUUAAGAUUGUUGUGUUUAAGAAAAGAAACGCAACGACUGGAAUCCAAGGUCCUUGGAGCUGCGAUGCCUUGGCGUGCUUGCCAAUCUGUUGUGUGCAGAGGGCAAAUUUUACUCCGCACGCAUCUGAGAGGCCCCACUCAAUGGUAGACCAAGGUACCCCCCAUCUCUCAUUCCCAACAAGGCAGUGAAAACAAACACUUAGCCCUGCUUCCAAUAAAAGCCAGCCAGUGGUGGCAGUUUGGGCUACCGACCAAGCCAGGCCACAGGUCCAAGACCUCAGAAGAAAAAUGGGGAAAAAAAGCCAAAGCAGGCUGUUUUCUUAGCUGCAAAUCAGCGUUUAAUGCUCUGGUGAGCAGUGCACGAGAAGAAAAGUGGUAAAGGGUAACUUGAUACUUCCACAUAUGCAGGGGGUGUUGAGAGAGAAGGAGGACCAGAAACAUCAUUACUGUAGCAAAAGUUCUGAUGAGGGUUUAAACACUACCUUCUACCCAAAUACACCCAACACGCAAAAAUGCAUGCUGUAUCUCACACACUGGCACACGAGCAAAGGGAAGCACGCGUGAAACACUCGUCCAUACGUUUUUUCCUCAAACCUACAGAGGAGAGGUCGAGAUGAGCCUUACUCCGUCUUUGUUGGGGAGUUACCGGGAUGGGAUGUGGCACAAAACCCAAAAGAAGUCAAAUUCCUAAGAGCGCCACGGGUCAUGGUACAAAAUCUAGAAACCAAAAUAAGUUCUUCAAGCAAUAAAUUUUGAAUUCUGUGCAAGUCCAAAACAGAAACAGCACUGUUUGUGGGAACAUUUAUAUAUCCGUUUCUUGUAGACUUCUGCCAAUAACACAUUGUGAAUGUUUUUUUCCUUCUGAAGAAAAAAUUGUUUAUGUAUUUUUUGUGCAAAGCAAAUAAAAACAUCAAAUA